AUGGCCAGGGACGUGCCGCUCGUGGUUCAAGGAGUCAUCUCGGCCACCGAACCCUCCAGCAACCUGGCUCACUUCCUCCUGCCCCGCGCAGAACGCGGCCGUCUCCCGGCCCCGCCCUCGCCGCCCUGCAACGUCCGCCCCAUCCGCCACGGCGAGCUCCAGGUGGAGUUCAAGGGCUGGCCCGUGGCCCCGGACCUGUGGAAGGUGUGGGUGGACAAGCUCCGGGCGCGGCACGAGCCCCUGUGGCGGGAUGCCGGCAUCCUCCACGCCAUCCUCGCGACGACGUGCUGGGUGGGGCGGGACGACGGCACGCUGCUCCAGCUCGCCGCGUUCUGGUCCGGCGACACCAACACCUUCGUCUUCCCCUGGGGCGAGGCCACGGUGACGCUGGAGGACGUGGCCGUGCUCGCGGGCCUCCCCCUGCGCGGCGAGCCCGUGUGCAAGAAGCUCUAUGGCUCGGCGCGCGGGGACGUCGACGCGCUGGAGGACGUGCGCUCCUCCCUGUGCCAGAGCAGCUGGAACGCCAAGCCCAGCCACGCCGCCUGGGCGAAGCACUUCUCCGAGCUCCCGCCGGAGGAUGAGUUCGAGGUGCUCGAGCACGAGGGGUUCCUGGCCAUGUGGCUGUCCCUCUUCGUGCUCCCGGUGCCGCCGUCAGACGAGGUCCGCCCGGAGGUGCUCCCCGUCGCGGCGAGGCUGGCGCGCGGCGGGACCGUGGCGCUCGCCCCCGCCGCGCUCGCCAGCAUCUACGCCGACCUCUCCGCGCUCAGGCGCCACGUCGUCAGCUCGGGCGAGAGGCAGCCGUUCGCGGCGUGGGCGCCGCUGGACAUCCUCCAGCUGUGGGUCUGGGAGCGCUUCCCCGAGCUACGCCCGGAGGCGGCGGCGAGGAGCACCCCUCCCCGCGACGCGCCGAGGGCUGUCCGCCGCUGGCACGACGCCCACAAGGUGUUCGACCCCAGGUACGUCCACGCGGUGCUCAUGUCGCCGGCGAAGUUCGAGUGGGCGCCCUACGGGAGCAGCGGCUUCGCUCCGCCGCCCGGGAGCUACGGCCGCCGGGACAUUGCGAGACGCACCGAGCUCCUAUUGUUUGCGCAUUGCUUGCGAGCUUGCGAGAUGGUGGGCAUGAACAGCAUAGAGCAAUACCGCCCGCACCGCGUGGCGAGGCAGCUGGGGUUCGAUCAGGACGUGCCGGGAGCUGUUGCCCGCGCUAACUCGAAUCAGUUUUCUGCGUGGGCAACGUACAAGAUAGGGCUUGUGAAAUUUUCCUUCAUUGUUCCGAGCAACGAGCCGGCGGUGACCGCCGAGUAUGAGCAGUGGUGGGAGCCUUGCUCCAGGGCAUGCGCCACCGCCGUCGCUGAAGCUGCAAGGAUGAAAGUUUCUAUACUGACGCAAAUUGCUGGGGAUGUGAAUGGUAUGAUGCCAGGAUGGGUUCGGAAUGCUGCGAAGAGAUCAACCUUAAGGAGAGGGAAAAAGGUUUCGCAAGGUUCAUCAGGUGCUGCCGCAACAUUGAUGAGUGCAGUCGAUGAACCUAGUGCAUCGGUUGCUGAAAAGGAACGAUCCAAAUCUCUCCAGCAACAAAGUCAAGAGGAAGCACCACAGCCUGUUACCAUGCCUGAUGAACAGAAUAGCAUUUCAGAACAAGCUCAAGUGCUGGCGCAUCACCUUGUCAAGCAAACGCAAUUUGGAGCUACAACAUCCUCAUUACUCAAGCCAAGUGAGGAAAGGCGGCCGGUCAGCACUGGAAACAAUGAGCCUGCUGCUGCUCCAGAGGAUCUCACUCUUCAACAAGAACCAGCUGAUGGUGUUGCCGCUGUUAGAACAAAUGCUGGUCUCUUACCAGGACCAACUGAGGAAACCCGGACUCGCGCUGUUACAGUAGAGAUGGGAAAUGGUGAGAUAUCCUCAAGCGACCCGGUUUUGGAGGUUGAUAGGGUGCAAAAAUAUUGUGUUUCUGAUCUUGCUGCUGCUCUGAAGAAUAUAACUCUUCAACAAGAACCAGCUGACCCUCUUGCUGCUGUUACAACGGAUGCUGGUCUCUUGCAAGAACCAACCGAAGAAACCCGGACUCGUGCUGUUACAGUAGAGAUGGGAAAUGGUGAGAUUUCCUCUAGCGACCCGGUUUUGGAGCAUAUACAUCGUGUUUCUGAGCUUGCUGCUGCUCUGAAGAAUAUCACUCUUCAACAAAAACCAGCUGACACAGUUGCUACUGUUAGAACAGAUGCUGAUCUCUUACAAGAACCAACCGAUGAAACCCGGACUCGUGCUGUUACAAGCGAGAUGUCCAAGAGAGCGCUCAAGGGAAAGUUUUCUUCACUGGAAGGUAAUAACAAAGGAACUAAUAACAAUGUCUCAUCACCAAACCAGCAGAUGGAGUGUGCAGAAUCCAAUAACAAGAGUUCAGGAAAUGGUGGGACGUCCUCUAGCAGGCUGGCAGGUGAAAAUACGGCUCCGGAUAGCACUGAAGUUUGUACUAAAACACUCUAUUAUCUUCGUCGGUCGGAUCGGACUGAAGAUGCUUGGGCCAACGAUGCAAAUCGCAAUGCUGAUUUCUUUCAUCCGAAGCGAGCGGUUGGGACGAUGGAAAUGAUCGAGAAGGCAUCAGCAAUUCGACAGGCUGAAAGUUCUAAGUUGAGGGAAACAAUUAUGAAACAGAUGGAAGAGAUUCGGGCGCUAGAGGCGGCAGAGAAACAGGAGCGGCGCAAUCUUAAAAAAUAACUUGAGAUGCAAGUGGUGAUCUUGGUCAUUUGCAAGACAUCAUAUAUCUCCCAGUGAUAUUUGUUCUGUAAUAGGAUUUACAAGGGUUGUAAUACUUUAUUUUGUGAACUGAAGAUUUCAGUUGAGGUUCGUUUGCGCAGGUAAACAAUUUUUUAGAAGGCUUGCUGUAAAG